AUGGAGCGAACUCAGAGCAACCCUGAUCUCCCUUCGAGUUCUGAAAUUCAAAUGGAAAUUCAUAUGGAGACUCGUUAUUGGAAUCCAAAAAUGGUAUCUGGCUUAAAGCGGUUGAAGAAACAGUUGAAGAUAAAAAAGGCAAAACGUGCUUCGGUAGCUGUUGAUGCUCCUGAUGGACCUGCACGUGAUCUCAGCCCAAGUGUGAGGGCUCAUUCAGUUGAAGUUGAUGAUGAUGAUGAGGAUGAUCUCCAACAUGAUGGUUGGCAGACACCACCUGCUGGGUAUCCUCUGUCUCCAAAACAGAGGGAACAAUUGAAGACACCUAUCUUCAGUUCUGAUACCAUGCUGAAUGUAAAUGGGAGGUACUCCAAGCAUGAUUCCUUCGAGAAGGGUCGGUCCAUCAGCCCUGCACCAUCAACUUCCUCAUCAGAACAAAGACAUGGAGACUCUGUCUUUGGAGAAUCUGAUGCUGCCCAGGUAACAUUUGAUCUUGCCACUCUAGAUGAGGGAGGUGUGACAGAUUCAAGUCAGAUUUUGAGUGAAGAGGGCCUUCAUAAAAAGAGAAGUGAGAGCCAGCUUAAUGAUGAAACCUCAAGUGUGAAGCGAUCGGACAGUCGGCAAUCCAGCAGCAGUGAGAAGACCAAGAAGAAGUCCACUUGGUACAACCCCUUCAUUGCCAACUACAAGACCAAGUGUGAUGAUUUCCAACGAAUCUUUAGUCUCCCUCAAGAUGAACGUCUUCUAGUCGAUUACUCGUGUGCACUGCAGCGGGAGAUCCUGAUCCAAGGACGGCUGUACAUUUCACAAAACUACAUAUGCUUCUAUGCCAAUAUUUUCCGCUGGGAAACACUGGUUUCCAUCCAAUGCAAGGAUGUGAGAGCCAUCACUAAAGAGAGAACUGCACGGUUCAUUCCAAAUGCCAUCCAAGUUUGUACUGAUAAUGAGAAAUAUUUCUUCACGUCGUUUGGAGCUCGGGAGAAGACUUAUUUGAUGCUCUUUCGAGUCUGGCAAAAUGCCCUCCUUGAUCAGCCUAUGAGCAGCCAGAAACUAUGGCAGUAUGUGCAUAAUUCAUAUGGUGAAGAAUUGGGUUUGACUAGUGCAGAUAACGACUACGUGUCUCCACAUUCCGACGAAGCCUGCUCUCCUGCAAGUAUGGGGCAAGGAGAAGGUGCAAAUUCUCUUGACUUUCCUUGUUUGCCUCCCCCAUGUGCCCUUGACGGGAUCCAGAGCUGGUUAUUGCGAGGGACAGGUCUGGUCGUGACUCUGCCUUCAUCUGCCUUGUUCCCUCUUCUUGCAUUUGUCAUGACGUCGGAUUUGGAACGGCGGGGAGGGAGAGUCAGGAGUCAGGAGUCAGGAGUCAGGAGGGAGGGUCCCGCUGGUCUCAUUCUCCUGCGGACCGGCCUUGAGCCCGACAAGGAGGAAGAACGGCGGCUCAACGGCUUGCGUCGUAGCCGAAAGGUGGUCAGGUCUGUGGCCAGGGUCCUCCGUAGGGUUCAGAGUCAGGCCUUUACUCAGCCGAGAGAUCCUGAUACUCGGGAGAAUCGAAAUGGAAUCGAGAAGGAGGAUCCCGGGAUGAAUGACGUACCCGCGGAACCCCAUCCCAUAACCCGUGGGAAAUGGAGCCGGGUCACUUAUCCCCUGCAGAUGAGGAUCAUAGAGGCCCGUUUCGGAUACGAAGAUGUCUCGAAAGAGCUCUCCGAGGUCAAAGGAGCGGAGAUGCAGUGGAAGAUGGGGGAAGGGAGGUCGGUAUCGUGGGGGUUGGGAAGCGAGGAAGAAGACGAGGCAGACGCAGGCUUGAGACUCGGUUUGGGCCUGGGCUUGGACCCAGCUGGAACUCCGACAUGGCCCACUAGUGUAGGGAUGAGUCAACCCGACGAUGUGCCUCUCUCAUCCUCGGCCUCUUCCUCGUCCGCCUCUUCCUCUUUGGCGUCCGAUCCCCCCUCGCCCGCCGUGUCGGACAAGGACGAGGACGUCCAGCCCCCGUUGACGCGUUCGGUCGACGCGGUUUCUCGUCGUGUGAUCCUCCUUCCCGAGUCUCGCGGUCGACCUUCGUGCCCGUCUCGAUUGGGAUUCUUGGAGUCUCUCAUUCCCCGUCGUCUUUCAUCCCCCGAAUGCCUGGUCGUCGCCGGCACCGCUCUCUCUCUUCCGGCUAUACAAGUCAUCGCUUCCGAUCCCAUCGAGGAACCGGUGGGAUCUCCCCGCCCAGGGGAUGGCGGCGGCGGAGACAGGGAAAAAGAGGAUGGGAAGCCGGCGUACGGCGAGACAGACACGCUUUCGGACCUGGGGACUGGCUCCGGGAAGAAGAGCAACCGGCUCACCCCACCCCCGCCGCCCUCGACUGCGAAAAAGUCGAGGAAGAAGUCCUCGAGCACGUCCAAUUUUGAAGUCAACACAGACUACUCUGACUCCACCGAGACGGAGAAUGAUGAACGUGAGAUCUCCAUAUCUUCUCCCGCCAGCCUUCUCGCGUUUAUUGCUUUCUCCAAGAAGAAAUUAAGUCAAGAAGAUUCGGCGGAAUGA